CGUGAGAACUGAACAAAAUCUGAAUUCCCAUCUCCCUUUUAUUUGCUCCUCAACCCCUUUCCUCCCAAAUCGCUCGCAAUUGCGCGUUCCCCAACUAGCCGCUGGUCGAAUUUUGCGAGGAUCCCUUCCGGGGCCUCACGGAUCUCUCCGCUGUUCAGCCGCCAACCAUGGCGCCGGCCCCGGCCCCGGCCUUGGAUGUCGAUGGCGAGGGUGGCGGUGCCAACGGCCAGAACACGGUGAAAUCCGAUGUUCACGGGGAACUUGCCACCCCUCCCGUCAUGCCUGUGGGCGGCGGCCCCGUGCCCGGCGAAUUCCGCCCAGAUGGCCCGGUCGUGGCGGUUCCUGAGGAUGGUAUCGACUCCUCUGAUGACCCCGCGCCGGUUAUCGAUGUCGGGGGCGAGGGCAAGGGCAAGGGCAAGGGCGAGGCCGACGGGGGCAACGCGGUGCUGGAAUCUGCGACCGAACACCGCGAGGGCGACGUGGGCAACAACCUGGGUGACGUGGUGCUGAAAUCUGCGACCGAGCACUGCGAGGGCGAAGGUGCCCUUCUCGCCCCUUGCUCCGAACCUUCUGGUGCUGAUCCUGUGGGAGGAGCUUCCUCCUCUUAUGACCCGCCGCCUGUGGGGAGUUCAGGGCACGUGACUGACGAGCGAGGAGGGGAUACCACGGAGUGCUCGAGCUCGUUUGCGGAUUCUCUUUUUGAGACCGAUGAUGAGGCUGGCAAUGAAGUGAGUUCCCCCUUUUCAGUUCAUGAUGAUGAAGGUCAAUCCUCAUUGCUCCCUAGAAGGAAAAAGGUGAGUGCUGAGUGGAAGAAUGAUGUCCGCCCUAUGCUGUGGAGGUUCCAGUGGUUAGAGCUGCGCAUGAAGGAACUUUCAUCUCAAGUAUCAAAGUAUGACAGACAACUUGCACUCAUCGAGCAGGAAAAGGAAUUGCAGCAGGCAAUAAACAAGACAAAUGGUUCUAGGAUAGAAUCAGGGAAGAGUUGCAAAGGCCAUGAAAAUAUUAGCAUGGUGAGGAGAAACCGGAAACGACAUGAAGACACUGCGGACACUUCAUCGUACCUCAAGAAGCACCAGAUAUUGUCAUACUUCUUUGAUAAAGAUAAGCAAAACAAGGGGGCUGAAACAGAUGGUCUCAUAAUUGAGGAUGAUAGUCAUGGUCCAGUUGGUGAUGGUACUAAAGGUCGGGCCAAUGCUGCUAGUUUGCAUGCGCCCAAGGAAUAUGAUGCGGUUUCAGAGCAAUUCAUGUUACAUAAAGUUCUCAUGAAAAUUGGCGAUAUCCAGUCUCAAGUUCAUCAUCUGCAAGAGCAUCUCAGCAAGGCUCGUACUAAACAAGUAAAGUUGUCAUCUCUUCUGGCUUAUGCCCAGGUCAACGGAACUGAGAAGAGGCAAAGGACACAAAAACGUUCAUUUUCUUAUAAGAAUGAUCGAUCUGUUAAACCACAGAAAAAGAAGAAUCUAAACAUUUUACUGGAACAAGAGGAUAGACCAGCUCUUGCAGUAAUACCUACAUCGUCUGAGAGGGCAACUGGUUGUCUAAUCGAAGUUUCACAUGGGAAUGGUGAAGAAAAAGCUGGGGAGAGGAGCCAGUCACAUAAGAAAGCUAUCACAGCGGACCUACUCCUAGGUUUUGACAGUUCCUUACCAAAUGGUCAUAUCUGCAAUGAAAACACUGAUGAUAUCCUCAUAGACAAUCGAGGAGCCAAAGUGUAUGAACCGUUUGAGAACGUCGAGCAUUCACAGGAGAAACUAUCAGCGCUGACUGAGAAUGUUGCUAAAACUGCUCCUUCCAAAGCUGACAAUACCUCUGCACAGGUUGGAGCUGAGAAAAUUUCUGUUCCAGUGGUUAAGAAGCAACUAAUUCUUGAAAACCAACAACCUUUGAAGCAUGUCUACUCUGGAAAAAAACGGGGACGGCAGCCCAAGACCGAAGGUACGGGCUCUGCAGCUGCAUCCAAGGAGCAGAGUGAACAGGCCUCCAAAGCACCUGCUGCAAAGCAGUGCAAGACUGGAAAUUCUUCCUUGGCUGCAAAGAAGCUGCAAACCGGGAACUCAUCCUCAGCCUCAAAGAAUCUGAAUACCGGGAAUUCAUCCUCAGCCACACAGAAUCUGGAAACCGGAAACUCAUCCCCAUUCGCGAAGAAGCAGAAAACGGGCAACUCAUCCUCGAAUGCAAAGAAGCAGGCAGCUGGAUACCCAUCUGCUGCAAGUACAGAUGCGAGUGGAAACACCCCCACCAAUAUGAGGAUUGAGAAGGCUGUCUUGGUGGAGGUGAACAGCAGGAGGAGUCAAAGGGCCCGGAAGCCCAAGGUUUACUGAAGCAAACCAGCCUAAUCAAGUGCAGCGUGGUGUAGUUGUAAGAAACAUGUCUUGUUUAAUAAUGUAUCCCUCUUGGCUUGCUGAAGUUAAGUAGCUGUGUUGACCGAGUUCAUCCGAAAUGUUAGUGUACAUAUCCCUUAUGUCGUCUGAGUCACCAAUCUAAACUGAAAAUAUGUUAUGUAUAGUUGUUCUUUGCUGAGUAUGUGCUGCAAAUGCAGUUGCAACUUGGCGGUCAGCAUCUCACCGAAAUCUUUACUGCA